CAAGAAAGUUGAUAAUCUUUGUUAUCUAUAAAAAUUAUUUAAGCAAAGAUAUGAUUCCAUUUACCACUCCACUUUCUGUUCGUUUUCUACUGUCCUACAUAUAACUGCAUUAGGCGACUAAGGGCCAUGAGGAAAGUGAUGGGAAACCAUAUAGCAAAUCUCAUUGGGGAUACUAAAUAUAAUAAUUUUUUCUUUAUUCUAAAAUUCAGAAAAAAUCCUCCCAACUCCUAAGCCCCGAAUUUAUUUUUUACAGUAGCUACCUUUUUAUCAUAUUGUGACAAUAGAGUUCAACUAAUCAAGAUAUGGAAUCAUUACCCCACACUUUUACCCUACACUUAACUCUAUUAUAACAACUAAAAAAAAUUGAAAUCAAAAUUUCGAUGGAGCAUCACAAUUAUUUGAGUCUAUUUUAAAAGAAUUACAUGUCCUGUAAGAAAUAGUCCUACUGUAGAAAGAUAUGCACUCAUUGUUAAAUAGAACUAUAGAAGAUGAUUGGUCUAGAUGAUGUGAUACCUUUAAAUCUAUUUGAGAUAGAAGUAGAAAUCAGGUUAUUUUGCAUUUGAAUGAAUUUAGACUAUUUUACUUGACUUUAUCAAUUUCAUUCAAGGUUUAAAUUUAUUUGUAUGUCAGAUAAGCAGAAUUGAAACAAACAACCAAUUUGAACUGACCAAAAGAAAAAGCUAAAAUUCAACCUACCCAAUAAAAAAAUUGGGGCCAAAAGGGACUUAAAAGGAGAAAAUAAAAUAAAUGAAAGAAAAUAUUGCAACUGACAAAUCUUGGAACAAGCAAAAAACCCUGCCAGGCCAGGCCCGGCCCGGCCCAUGUUGUAAGGACCACUUAACUUUCCCCAGGUCGACAGCCUAUAACCCAAAUACAUUAACUCUAAGUUCAAUUGAUUAAUAAUCUACAACUGUAAGCUUAAUUUACAUGGUUUUAUUACAGCCCAUAUGAUCACCUUAUAAAAACAAACCUUUUUUUUUUGGUUCUCAGAGUCACAAGACAACCAGCCCUCACUCAUUGCCUAGUUGUCUCAUUAUAUCCAUAUUCUCAGAUUAAUCCCAAGAAAAAAAAAAUAUUAAUUUCACUAAUCUUACUUCUCCAUGUGCAAAUAGCAUCUGAGCUCUGCAUAUGAAAAUAGCCAAAAAGAAAGAAUCUUUUGUGAUGUACAGACAGCACAGAUAGAUUUCUUGUGUGUUGUGCAUUUGACCAAAACAAAUUGUCUCCCAUAUUUUCACUUCAGUUGUAAUAAAGAUUCAAUUACAAGGACUAAAUUAUAUUGAACCUAACAUGCAGAUCAUUGAGUGGCUCUCCAAGAUAACAACACAAGAACCUUCAAGGGUGGCUAAUUCUAAAGAUCAGAAGAAAGUUAAGUCUAAAGAUAUAGUAGCCUGCGACGAAUGUGGAUUUAAUCAAACGCUUCCGAAAAGAGUCGAACAAAGCGGAUUGAACUGCGAGGAUUUUCAUCUUUUCAACUUUACACGAAAAAAUAGUUACCUCUACCACACACUCAACCUAAAGUCGUUCAUAAGUUGCCGUAAAAGGCCUCAUUCUGCAAAUUCCAUGAAGAUGAAAGAAGAACUCGGCAUUGCCCAAAAGUCCGAUUCGAAUGUCGGAAAUAAAGUCUUGCCUAUAACAGACACGUCUCAUUCCUCAAACGACGAACAGUGUCCUAAUCCGGACAAGAAGGAAAAGUCAAAGGGGGACAAAAUGAAAACACUUUUCAGAAUGAAAGAGCUGCUUAAGUGGGCCGCGGCCGCCAAGGCCGAAAAAGGCGGGAAAUACAUCGGACGAAAGGUGUUGCUUUUCAAGAAUCGGGCGGCUUUGAAGGGAGUGCCGGAUAACGAUCAGCUUAACGAUGAGUCUCCAAAAAUCAGCUUCAGGUGGGAAGUCGAGAGCCGCUCGACUACUUCCUCUGUAUACUCGGCAAUUUCUCAAGUGGCUUCCUCAUUGAAACACGACCGAACUUUGGUCAAAGCUGAGUCAAUAAGUUCGACUCCUUUGCACGUUCGAGAUCUGUCUGUUGCCCGACCCGGGAACUGGAUCACCACGGAUUCUGACUUUGUCGUGCUGGAGUUGUGACGGUCGGGUACGAGAGUGGUCGGACCGGAGAAUGAUGACUUGAUGAGAUUGUAAUGUUUUUUGGGGGAGAAAUGAAAUUUAAUCUGUUGAAUUGUAUUAUUUAAUAAGUUGUGUGAUUUUGAAGUGCUAGAAAAAUGAUCAAGAUGGUAAUAAACUGCAGAUGUUUAGUUUUCUGGCUGGUAUAAUGUCUUAAAGUGGGUAAUGGACGACCUUAAUGUAAAAAAAGUUAGUGAAGAAACUCGACAAGUUAGCCAAGAAGGAAACUAAUGUGCUUGGAAAAUGAUCAAGAUGUUGAUAUACUGCAAAUGUUUUAAUUUCUAUGAUCCAUAUAGAUUUAUCACAUUAGUCCAUUUUUAACUCAUCGUUUACCAUUUAAUGAUUUUUUUUUAUUAUUAUUAU